AAAGGGUUAUAUGAAAUAUCUGGUGUGGAAGUAGGCCAGCAUUUCUAUUGGAAAAUAGGCGGUUUCCAAGUCCAUGCCCAAGUACUUAUUACUUCUUGGGUUGUAAUUGUUAUCUUAUUAGGUUCAGCCAUUGUAACUGUUCGGAAUCCACAAACCAUUCCUACUGACGGUCAGAAUUUCUUCGAAUAUAUCCUUGAAUUUAUUCGAGAUGUGAGCAAAACCCAGAUUGGAGAGGAAUAUGGUCCAUGGGUUCCCUUUAUUGGAACUUUGUUUCUAUUUAUUUUUGUUUCUAAUUGGUCAGGGGCGCUUUUACCUUGGAAAAUCAUAGAGUUACCUCAUGGGGAGUUAGCCGCACCCACGAAUGAUAUAAAUACUACCGUUGCUUUAGCUUUACUUACGUCAAUAGCAUAUUUUUAUGCGGGCCUUAGCAAAAAAGGAUUAGGUUAUUUCGGUAAAUACAUACAACCAACUCCAAUCCUUUUACCCAUUAACAUUUUAGAAGAUUUCACAAAACCUUUAUCACUUAGCUUUCGACUUUUUGGAAAUAUAUUAGCGGAUGAAUUAGUAGUUGUUGUUCUUGUUUCUUUAGUACCUUCAGUGGUUCCUAUACCUGUCAUGUUCCUUGGAUUAUUUACAAGUGGUAUUCAAGCUCUUAUUUUUGCAACUUUAGCUGCGGCUUAUAUAGGUGAAUCCAUGGAGGGACACCAUUGACUAAGUUUCGAAAUAGUCUUUUUUAGCUUAGUGCAAGGUAAUCUAUGCCUUGCUCGAGAUAAUCUUCUUCGUGAACAUAAAUAUACACAUAAAUAGACAAAAAAGUCUAUAAGAUCUAGAAGAAUAGUAAAAAAGAUUACGAUAUUAGGGAAUUGUAAAAAAAAAAUUAGGUUCUAUAGAGCGAUUCCCAUUUCAGUCGGUUUUAUUCAAUUCAAAGAUUGACCAAAAGAAAAUAUUAAUAAAGAAUAAAUUACAUGAACUUAGAUCAACCAAAGACUUAUAUUUCUAUGCAAUGAUUUAGACUAAGAAAUUCGCCCAUUUAGAUUGAUUGUAUCCAUGUGGGAUAAUGCUAAAUUCUAAAUUAAAUAAAAGGAAGAUAGGGGUUUACAAAAAAUGAGAUUCAAGAGAAAAUGGUUUCGUUAGAAGAGUGGGAUCAAACUAGGUAUAUGUAAUAUAUAUAAUCGCUAUAAGCCAACUUUCCUUUAUAGAUGUUUCGAAAAAUGUUUUUAAAAUACGACUGAAUCCAAGAUACAAAUAGUUGGUUUACGUUAUGGAAUAAAGACAUGUAUAUGUAAUAGUAGGCUAGUUAUAUAUGAGCUAAAAGAUAUAUCUAAUCCGCCCUCCUAUUACUGAGAAUUGGGGUAGGGAUUCCAAUAAAAGUCCUUCUGUUUCAUUUGUAACUGUGAAUUCAAUUCAAUAUUGAAUAAAGAAAUUCAAUCAAGAAAAAGAACGAAGAGUUCGAAUUCAAAGAAUGGUUCGGAACAAAGAAAGAAAUGGAAAAACAAAAAGUUGUAUGAAUUCUAUGAAUUCACAAAAACUCUGUGGAUAGGAACUAUAAAAUAGAUAUCGAAGUAGUUCUGAUGAUUCAAUAAUAUUACUACUUCAAUUGGGAGCUCUUAGUUGCGUUACUUUGACUAGAUGAAAAUCUUAUCGAUGGAAUAAUUAAGUCAUAAUUUAUUGGUUGAUUGUAUCAUUAACCAUUUCUUUUUUUUGGUGCGAGGAACUUAUCAUGAAUCCAUUGAUUUCUGCCGCUUCCGUUAUUGCUGCUGGGUUGGCCGUUGGGCUUGCUUCUAUUGGACCUGGGGUUGGUCAAGGUACUGCUGCGGGCCAAGCUGUAGAAGGUAUCGCGAGACAACCCGAGGCAGAGGGGAAAAUACGAGGUACUUUAUUGCUUAGUCUGGCUUUUAUGGAAGCUUUAACAAUUUAUGGACUGGUUGUAGCAUUAGCACUUUUAUUUGCGAAUCCUUUUGUUUAAUCCUAUAUUUGAUUUGUUUAAUCUAAUCCUAUAAAAAAAUACGUAUUUUUUUUUUUAUUGUCUUGUACUUGCUGCUUGCUUUUUCGAAUUCUAUCAAGAUUUUACUCCUACAAUUAUUUAUUUUGUUUUAUUUUUAUUGGGACAAUAACCCAACGGGAAGGAUUGAUUGGGGGAUGAGGAAUUAGUAUACUGAUUCACUUUCUUCCUUCCCCUUUCUUAGUUAGUCCAAUCCAAACUUUUUUAAGGAAGUGUUGUAACAAAAAAAAAGUAGAUAUUUCGCAAUUGACACGAGAUCUGAUACCCAAUUCUAAUAAGUAUUGUUCUUAAUUAGAAAUUUACAAUUGAAAAAAAAAAAAUAUAAAAUAAAAUAAUCUAGAAAAAAAAAAAAAUAAAUAGAUAAUUAGUCUGUCUAUAAGAUUUAUAAAAGAAGAGGAGAUCGUAUGAAAAAUAUAACCGAUUCUUUCGUUUCCUUGGGUCACUGGUCAUCCGCCGGGAGUUUCGGGUUUAAUACCGAUAUUUUAGCAACAAAUCCAAUAAAUCUAAGUGUAGUCCUUGGUGUAUUGAUUUUUUUUGGAAAGGGAGUGUUAAGUGAUUUAUUAGAUAAUCGAAAACAGAGAAUUUUGAAUACUAUUCGAAAUUCAGAAGAACUACGCGGAGGAGCCAUUGAACAGUUGGAAAAAGCCCGGGCCCGCUUACGGAAAGUGGAAAUAGAAGCGGAUCAAUUUCGAGUGAACGGAUACUCUGAAAUAGAACGAGAAAAAUUGAAUUUGAUUAAUUCAACUUAUAAGACUUUGGAACAAUUAGAAAAUUACAAAAACGAAACCAUUCAUUUUGAACAACAAAGAGCGAUUAAUCAAGUUCGACAACGGGUUUUCCAACAAGCCUUACAAGGAGCUCUAGGGACUUUGAAUAGUUGUUUGACCAACGAGUUACAUUUACGUACUAUUAGUGCCAAUAUUGGCAUGUUUGGGGCAAUGAAAGAAAUAACUAAUUAGACCUUCUACUGUAGGCAUUAUUUUUUUUUUCCAAAAAAAAAAAAUUAAGAAA